CAAACAUCCUGGAACUGUGACGACAUCACAAUUUACUGGAGUGGGAACACACGGUUUUGAAUUACAUGCAAAUACUUAGAUUAUAAAAUGGCAAAAGAAAAGAAGAGCCACUAUCAGACACUUUGUCAAUACAAAGUCAAAUGCACACUAUCCCAGAAGCUUGAAUAACUACUCUGGGAUUCCAGAUUCCCCCCCUCCCCCCCCCCAAUCACCAUCAGGGAACAAGAAACACAAGUUCUUUUGUCUUUCAUUUGCUCUUUGAGGUCAUUCCCAUUUCCAUGAACCACUAAUAGGCCUGUGCACUUCUGCAUAGACAAGCAGUGCAGCAUAAAAAGACUCCAGCAAGAGAACUGUCAACCACAAGCACAACACACAGCUUCCCAUUCAGCAGGCACAGGACAGCUCUGCAGGUACCAUUUGCCUUAAUUCGGUUCAGCGAUGGAAAACCAGUCGUGCUGUGCAUUUCCAGAGCCAAUCUUAGACGUCACCCUGCCACCUGUGCUUUUAUUUGUGUUUAUAUUUGGUACCAUAGGCAAUGUAAUUGGCUUGUGGAUGUUCUUUUUUCUAAUGAAAACCUGGAAACCGAACAGCGUUUACCUGCUGAAUCUGGCAGUGGCAGACACAGUCAUCAUAUUUUGCCUUCCCUUCCGCGUUGAUUACUACAUAAGAAUGAAGAACUGGAUCUAUGGAGAUGCCCCUUGCAGGAUACUGCUGUUCAUGCUGGCUGCAAACAGGUCUGCCAGCAUCUUCUUCCUUACUGCCGUUGCAGUGGACCGCUACCUAAAGAUCAUCCACCCUCACAAUAUAAUCAACAAGAUGAAUUUGUGGUACGCGCUGUGCGUUUCGUGUGGCCUGUGGGGGCUCAUCGUCGCAAUGACCGCUUACCUCCUCUUUGAACCUCACCUGUUUCUGCAGAACAACAGAACGCAAUGCGAGAGCUUCAACAUCUGCCCCGGCACUAACCCAUUAGCAGUCUGGCACAACACUUACUACGUGCUCCAGUUCCUCGUGCCCGUGUGCAUUAUCACGUACUCUACAGCCCGCAUAACCUGGAAGUUGAGAAGCAGUACAAUAGAUAAGACUGGCAAAAUCAAGAGAGCUGUACACUUUAUAAUGGCGGUUGCCCUUGUUUUCACCAUUUGCUUCAUCCCCAGCAGUAUGUCCAGAGUAGCGGUCUUUAUCCUAAAGUCUCAGUAUUCAGACUGCAGUUAUUUCAGGGAAGCCAACCUGGCUUUCUAUACCACGGUUUGCUUCACUUACUUCAACAGCUUGCUGAACCCAGUGGUGUAUUACUUCUCAAGCCCUGUAUUCAGCAAGGAGUUUAAAACAGUUUUCAACCGACUUAUGGGUCGAACAUCUGCAGAGGAUGGCGAUCAGUCAACAGAACCAGGGACCAACUCAACCUCAACUACACACACCACUAGUUAGACAGCAAGGAUUCCUUCACAAUGACGAAAGCGUUUGUGCGUGAACUGGGGGUGCAGAGAAUGUAAUUCUUUUAAUAUAGCUAUUGUGAAGGUACGUGUUGUAGCACAAUAAGGUAAUAUAAGCUUGUAGGUUAUGUUUAAUUAAAAAC